AUGCUGCCUAAGAAGAAAGUCAAUGCCACCUCAGAAGCACUAAAUGCUUGUCCUGCUGAGGUGAUCUGGCCGUUUAUCAACCGAUCAUGGCAGUGGAUGUUGGCUUAUCACAUCAGAUUGACUGGGGAGGCUGCCCAGUGGGCUGUGCGAAAGCAAAAAGGGCACUGA